UUCUGAAACAACACUUCCAUUUCUUUGGCUUCUUAAUCUUGUGCAGUUACUUGACAGUUCAAGACUUUUCAAUUAAAGGGCUCAGGAGUCUUAUACUUUACAACAUUCUAUUUAUUUCAAUCAUUUCUUGGAUGAUCUGCUAAGCUUUUCUUGAUUGUAUCAAUCCGUUAUAUAUUCGGUAAUCAAACCAAGUAAGUUGACACAGUAUACCUACAAGUAGGUUGUUCUAAUUCCAUGAGAUGUAUUAGUUUCUAUCUCUGACCUUUAGAAAACAUACAUGCUCAUUGAAACUGCAUUGCUAAAAAAAUUAAACAGUAGAGAAAAAAGGAAAAUAAUCAAGUCUUGAAUUUUCUGUGUCCAGGAAGACUGUAAAAGUGAAACAAUGUAACCUUAUGGAAAUUUGACCUCCCAAACUAACCCAUUGGAUGACCAGACCUGGGUAAAACACCCACUUACAAAAUUUGCAGCAUUCUACCGUAUUUUUUUGGUUGAGAAAACGCAAAAGCCUCAAACUGACCAGCAAACAGGAUUUGUUAGCAUCCAUACUUUGUGAUGUGGCAAGUGACAAAUCUUUCAUUCACAGAACCGAACCAUUUGACUGGCAACAGAAGCAAUGGCCUGAAAAGGAAAAAGAGAGAAUGUAAAAAAAAAUAAAGAGCUCCGUGUUUCUCCAGCACAUAAAAAUGCCUGCUCCAAAUCUUGAGGUUAUCACGAAUAUAUCCAACAAAUGUAGAGCAUGCUGGUAGCCAGCAGCAUUCGUCUAAAUAAUAGCUUGAGCGUGCAAUUAUGUCUGACCCACCAUCAAAUUAUACCAUUCUUAAUUAGCCCUUGCUGCUAUAAGUGGAACACUGCAAUGAGACGGUUCAUCUCGAGGGUAGCAGACCACAAUAUAAAAUGUAGUGAACAUGAGACGACUUUGGUGUUGUAACCAAUACACUGCUGGCAGAUCUCAAGGCAUAGCAGACAAUAUCAUGGAGAUGUAAUGGCAUGAUUCUUCAUGUCUACUAAUCAGAUGCUACAGUACAUCUGUGCACUUAUUUGUAUAAAUAGGCGUCAGCGGAACGGUAGAUACAUCAAACUAGAAGCUCUUCCUUCUUCCUCUCUUCGACCACAAUACAGAGCAAAUCUUCAAGCUCAGACAUGGCUUUCCACCAAAGAACGACAAGUUUGCCUUCUAGGCCUCACGUCAGUGAGACCGAAGUCGAGCAAGAACUCCACAGCCUAGAAGCAAGCAUCUCUUCCUCCAAUUCCAUCAGCAGGAUGUGCGAUGGUCUCAGGAGUCUUGCAAACAUCUACGAUGCUCUUGAAGACAUUAUUUGCCUACCAAGCAACCAAGUUUGUUCCUCUCAGCAGAGGAACAUAUUGGAUGGAGAAAUGGAAGGUUCUCUCGUGCUCCUAGAUCUCUGCGGUGCCAUGCAAGAGAUCUUCGUCGAGAUGAAGGCCAUCAUCCAAGAGCUGCAAGUGGCUCUAAGGAAAGGGGAUGUUGCAGCUGCUCAAGCCAAGAUCCAGUCUUACACCCACUUGGCGAAGAAGGCCAGGAACCAUUUCAAGAAGGCCACGAAGAAGGCUCCUGCAGAUUGCAGGAUGGUCAUGCUAUUGGCCAAGGCCAGGGAGGUCUCUGCCUCUCUCCUGGAGUCCACACUCCAUCUUGUGUCGAAGCAAAUCGAAAUGCCUAAACAGUCUCUUGUUUCCAAGGCAUUUCACAAGAAGAAGGCGGUUGUUUGUAAGGAGGAACAAUUGUCGCAGUUAGAGUGCAGUAUCGGAGAUCUUGAGAGUGGAGCUGGACAUCUGUUCAGGAGAUUAGUCCAGAGCAGAGUUUCUCUACUCAACAUCCUUAGCUCAUAGAUACUCCCAAGUCAUUCUUGGCGCCCUCCGAUCGGCAUCCGCCUUUUAAGGAAUAGCUGAUCUUCAUACACUAUACUGUAUAAAUGUACAUGAUACCAUAGAAAUAGAAAGUGAAACCAAAGUUUUGAUC